UCCUCGGGGGCGGUGCCGCCCGCGGCCGUUGGGAAGUGCGUCACGGCGGGCGCGCGGCUGCGCUAGGGCGGCGGAUUCGAACGGCGGAGGGCGGUCGGGAGCCAUUGAGGCCCGUUCGCGGCGGCCUCAGCGGGAGAAAGAGGAAGAGGAGGAUGAAGCGCACGGCGCCUCGCAGCACGUUGCGGAAAAUAAUCAAGAAGCACAAGCCUCACUUACGCCUGGCGGCGAACGCCGACCUGCUGGUGAGGAAGGAGAGGGGCGGGCGCCGAGUGUGCGGCCUGGAGGUGCAUUUGAGUUUCUUACUGUUUCUCCAUCGGCUAGCAGAAGAAGCCAGGACAAAUGCUUUCGAGAACAAAAGUAGAAUAAUUAAACCAGAGCACAUUAUAGCUGCAGCAAAGGUUAUUUUAAAGAAAAGCAGAGGCUAAAAAACAGACCACUGGAAAUUCAAAACAUUUUUCUGCAUUUUCUUACUAACAUGAGAUCCUGUGAGCCAACUUUUGCACUUCUGGAAGUAUUUAGUUUCACUGUCUGUCUCCUGACUCUGAGUAUCUUGCUGUUUAUGGGGGAAAAAAAAAAAAAAAUCUUAAAAUGUAUUUUUUCAUCCACUUCAUGUGUAAUUUUAAUCUGUCUCACUUGUAAUUUAAGUCUUUUGAUGUACCUUAUUUCUUCUGUAAUAAAGGAGGAAUGCCUAUACCAUAGUCAGUCUUCAGGUAUGACAUGUAAUUUCAUAUUAGAAGUGUCAAACUUUUAAAGGAGGGCGGUAAUAAAAAUGCAGGUUUCACUGAAUUCGUUAUAGGUUAUGCAGUUCAAAGCAGAUUUACUAGCUAAACAAAAUCUUGGCUUUUAAAUCAAUUGCUGUAGAAACUACUGUAUUAAAGAUCUUGGCUUCAAUUUAUUUAUAAAUGUCUUAAUAUUUCUAAAAGACUUUGAAAAGUAGGCUAAAACUUCUGCAUUCUGGGGAAAGAAUGCAUAUUUUUAAGUCAUGCUUUGAACUGUUAAGCUGGCCUGUUGUUUGAUGUGGUACAUGAGACAAGUUGGUGGUCUCUAAUUCAGUUGGUGUGGACAGAUGCACAUUAUGGAAAAGAAGAGAUCUGGCACAGUGGAUGUUUUUGAAGUUAGGUCCCUUACAAAUAGUGAAGAUAAGCUGGCAUGAGUGCCAAGCUACUUUCUCUUUGCUUGUGAGUGUCAUUCUAAUGUGUCAGAAGUCUGGAAGAGUACAUUAUAUUAAAAUAUCUCUUUAAAUUAAAAUCGUAUUCUGUUCUUAAUCUGACAUUUUUAAACAACUGCUGAACACUUUGCUUAAUAAAUCUUUAAAUCAAGAUAUAGUUAAACCUCAAAGUUUGAGCUAAUAAUAAAGUUUUGUGGAACAUGUGGUUGCUGAUCCUUCAUAUGCCUAGUGAGCUGUCCUUAAAAUAAAGAAUGUUUAAAAGCA